AGGUUUGCGAAACCAGUGAGCCGACCCCGGCCUAUUAGGGAAACAGGAGAGAAAAGUGCUCCCUCCCUACAUUUCUCUCUAUUCAUAUUUAAUUCUCUUUUUCUGGAACACCUAAAGAUCUGUGAAAAUGGCGGCACCUACAAGAAAUUCACGCGCACCAGUGCUCCGAUCUCUCUCUCCGUCCGGCAGGUUCUGCAAUUCUCGCUAUUCGUCGCCUCCUGUUCAUCCGCUGCUUUUGCUUCCUAUAGCUCAAGCUUUUCUUCUCGCUCCACAACCUUCUUGCCCCCGCUCUACUUCUCCCACACGUGUCAACCUCUGCGGUUCUUCUGCUGCCUCCGCUCCAUCCGUUCGGCUCUCUGUGGACCGUUCCAACUCUCUGAAUCGGUCUAUCUCCGUCACUCCUCGGUCCGGCUCCGCAAACGGCAGCAAAGUGGUCAAGAAACCGAGCCAGCAGAAGCGAACCUGCUUGUGCUCCCCGACCACGCACCCUGGCUCCUUUCGAUGCAGCCUUCACAAGGCCUUUGCCUCUCGCUCGGUGGCGCCGUACUCUCCGAACAAGCUCAAUGCGCGUAGAUCAGCGAUGACGAACUCGCUCGUGGGAAUCUGCGGCGUUGACGGAAAUCUGGUGAACAGAGCCUUGUCGGCGAUGAUUCGCCCGUCGUCGCAUCAGCAAAGGAGGCGCGCCGAUUUCCAGCCGAGGCCGAGUAGGCUAUCGGUUAUGUCUAAAGCUGAAGGUUCGUGAGGUGCAUUUUGUGUCUGGUUUGUAUUUUUGAUCAAGCUGAGUUCCCUGGCGAGGUAGCGCCCGGCCUGACGACCGGUGAGGACGUCGGCGACAGCAGCUGCGGCAGUUGAUGAGUUAAACUCCUGUGAAAUGGUUGGAGAUCUGACCGCUGUGAUGGCAAUUCGGAUUGGACUUGGUUUUUUGGUUCUCCGGAUAGGGAAAUCCGAUCGAUGAUUAAUGAUAAUCUUCUCACGCGAGCGUGUAUAUAACUAUAUAUAUAGAACUUCUAUGAAUCACUGGCUGCCGUUUUGGCAA